UGAAAAGAUGCGUUGACAUUCACGAAGCUCAAAACAUUCACUCUACGAUCCCCUGUCAGCCGUGUGAUACGAGCUUCUGUCUGCCGAUACACUCGCUGAAGAGUACACGGACACAUUUUUUGGGGAAACAUCUUCAAAGAAAAGAAGACCUGCAGAGUCGAUGCACAGAACAAACCAUGAGACUUCCUGCUCAGUAAAUCUAAAAAAGGAGAAAAACAUUUUUUGAGACAGCUGUGUUCACUACAUUCAGAGACAAGCCCACAACCUUCUGACAUCAGUCUGGUGUGAUGGAUACAUCUCGUGUGAACAACAGCAGCAGGGCCUUGUGGGGCGAAAUGCCGUGGGGGCUUCUGGACCAGUGCCCCAACUCUGUGAGCAGCACCACCUUCCUGAUCAUCGCCUACAGCGCCGUCAUCGCGGUGGGCCUCAUCGGAAACACCUGCCUGGUCUUCGUCAUCUCGCGGCAGAAGGAGAUGAGGAACGUCACCAACAUCUUCAUCGCCAACCUCUCCUGUUCCGACAUCCUGAUGGGCAUCGUCUGCCUGCCCGUCACGGUCAUCUACACCCUUAUGGAUCGCUGGAUCCUGGGUGAGGUUCUGUGCAAGUUCACACCCUUUGUCCAGUGCAUGUCCGUCACCGUUUCCAUCUUCUCCCUGGUGCUCAUCGCUCUGGAGCGCCACCAGCUCAUCCUCCACCCCACAGGCUGGAAGCCUGUGGUGGGACACUCCUAUGUGGCGGUGGCUGUCAUAUGGAUGGUGGCCUGCUUCAUCUCCCUGCCCUUCCUCUCCUUCCACGUCCUCACCAAUGCCCCCUACCAAAACCUGAGCAUUCCUUUCCACCCUUUCACCGACCACUUCAUCUGCAUGGAGCGGUGGCCCUCCAAUGGAAACCGGCUGGCCUACACCACUUCCCUCCUGCUCUUCCAGUACUGCCUGCCCCUCGUCCUUAUCAUCCUCUGCUACCUGCGCAUCUUCCUGCGACUACGCCGGCGGAAGGACAUGGUGGACCGGGCGCGGGAGGCCAGAAAGAGAACCAAGGGCUCCCAGAGGGUGAACAUCAUGCUGGCCUCCAUCGUGGUGAUAUUCGCCCUCUGCUGGCUCCCGCUGAAUGUCUUCAAUACAGUGUUCGACUGGAACCACGAGGCCAUCUCCAUGUGCCAGCACGACGUCAUCUUCUCCGCCUGCCACCUGACUGCCAUGGCCUCCACCUGUGUCAACCCCAUCAUCUACGGCUUCCUCAACAGCAACUUCCAGAAGGAGCUGAAGGCCACGCUGCACCGCUGUCGAUGCUGGGGGGCGCCAGAGAGCUACGAAAGCUUCCCUCUCUCCACGGUCAGCACCGAGGUCACUAAGGUGUCGUCACUGAGCAAUGGGUCUUUCGCUGUCAAUGCCUAGUAAAGAUAAAGAGCGAGAGAGAGUGGGACAGAGAGAGAGCGAGAGAUGGAUAAAUAGAGAGAAUAGAUAGAGUGAGAGGGAAAAGAGAGAGAGACAAAAGUGGUAACUGCCAUGGAAUUGCAGUACCAUCUUGCACUGACUUCUCCAGCUUUGGGCUGCGACACCUAUUAUGAACUGUGAUGGUAUCAUCUUGAUGCAUCCACCACUCAGCAAUGUUGAUUCAGAGACCAGUCAUUGA